CAAGGUCCAGGUUACAGCUGUGUCCUCCUGGCCUGUGUGGUGGUCACCGGCUCCCUCCGGCGAUGAGCUGCUCCUCGGUGCGGAGCAGGAGGACCCUUCCUUCCCAAGCUCUACUUGCCCCACUCGGUCAGGGACACUUGCUGUCAGGCCUGAGACGUGGCCACCUCUACGCGGGGCCCUGGGAUCUCAGCCACACGCUCUACGCACAGCGUUCGGCACGACGUCCGAACAGUGCGAGACUGGCCAAGCACAGGUCUUUCCUCUGGUCGGAUCCACGCAAACAGUGUCACUGACGGUGCACCAGGUCGAGGUGGCUUUGGACACUGUGCCCGCGGGGAGUCACACUGCACCCAGAACAAUGGACAGACGUGAUAGUCUCAGCACAGGCGUGACUGACUGGCUUCUCUUGAGUUUCUCUCGAGUUCUGAGAGCCCUUGGAAAACUCCAUGGUUCACUCACAGCAGAAAGAAGACAAAAAACAAGUAACAUCUCCAUAUCAUUCUGAAAAUGGUCAUGACCUCUAAGACCCCCUGAGAUGGAACCUGUGGACCCCAGACUUUGAGAACCAGUGGUUAAUGGUCCUCAACUAGCUAGUGUAUGUGUGUGUGUGCGUGUGAGUGUGAGUGUGAGUGUUGGUGAACUGCAGUAGGGGAGGAGACACCGGAUUGCACCAUCUGCAGUGAUAUUUACUCUGGUGUCCGCCCCACACCGUGGGGCCUGCUUGCUGCUGCUGGCCUGACAGCCUUGCUUAUGCCCAGUGAGGGCAACCCAGGUUAUGAUGCAGUAAGUGAGAGCCCCACGCUCCCUGGUGGACCGUGAGACUUAUUUCCUUCUUGACCCGCGUGUCCAUAGCAGGCUGUGGCUUCGCCUGCGCUGGGGACCCCAGCAGCCCUGCAGAGACAAAGGCCCCAGCCAAGGCCGGCGUGACCCAUACCGCUGAAUCCCACCCCUCCCCCACCCCGCACUGGCAGAGGACAGAGACCCAACUGCCACCGGUCGCAAGGACAGAGGAACUUGGUCCACAAGAAGGUCGGCAGGAACUUGGCCCACACACCGCCAUGCCUGUCCAUGCCCACGCCACCAAUCGCCAAGUCUCGGGCUUCGCCAUCGCCACCAUCGCGUGGAUCCUCAGCAGCACCUCCAUGGGCCUUGUGGAGUGGCGCGUGUGGCACAUGGAGGACCCCACCUUCUCCCGCUCCUCCUUCGUCUGCGUGGGGAUGUGGCGGCUCUGCGUUUACAAGCACGACAGCAACUUCAGUCGAGCUAAGAGGUGUCACCAGUACACCCACCGCGACACCUUCCUGCCGCCUGACAUCCGCGCGGCCCAGUACCUGCUGCUGGCCGCCAGCAUCCUGGGGCUCGUGGGCAAAGCCUUCGCGGUCCGGGCGCUCCAGAAGGUGACUGCCGAAGCCCCACCCAAGGACCUGCCCUGGAGACCCUUCGCCACCGCGGGGACUCUGACCCUGGUCGCCUGCGCCUGCGUCUCCUUGGCUGUCUGCUGGAACUUCUACUCCGUGGUGAUCGGGGAGGAGAUCUACUUCCCACAGGCCUCCCAAGUGCCCUUCCAGCCCGGCGCCAUGGAGAUGGGCAGCGCCAUGCUGGUGGCCUGCCUGGGCGCCUUCCUAAUGUUGUUGAGCGGGUUGCUCUUCCUCUCUUGCAGCAACCCCCUGGACACCCAAGUGCAUCCUAAGACUGAAAAACAAAGCCAGGUUGUGCUGGCUCUGCCAAUCCAAGAUUCCUAGGAAUUUAUGGAAAGUUUUAUCAGGUAAUUCAAGGAGUCCAGUAAUUCUGUGGCCAACGUAGCCUUGGACAGAAAGCGGCCACAGUUCCUUUCAUUAUCUUUGAGUCUGCAUUUGGUCCACUGAUUGGCUGGUUGGAAUAGAAGCUUCCAUUAAAAAAAACCAAUCUU